AUGGCGACGGGCGGCGGCGGAGCCGGGCCAGGUCCCGGUGCCGGUCCUGGUGCCGCUGCCAGCGGAGCCGCUGGCCGGCGGGGCCCGGGGCUGAUUUGGGCUGAAAAGAAGAGGCUGAACAAAGGGACAGAUGUGGUGGAGAAAAGAGGUCCAUACAUCAUGAGCAAACCUCCCUCCAUCCAGGCCAAGCUGAAGAGGCAGCGGGAGCUGGCAAAGGCAGCGCUGCGAAGGCAGGGGCUGCUGGGGGCACCCACUGCCCUGAAACCAACUCCUAAAAGGUCUGUGAAGUUCAACAAGGGCUACACGGCGCUCAGCCAGAGAGCUGAUGAAAACCUGGUCUCCCUCGACUCAGACAGUGAUGGGGAGCCAGGAUCCAGGUGUUCCUCAGGAUACUCCUCUGCUGAGGCAAGUGCGGGGCUCUGACUGUGACACCAUGGGGUCCCCAGGGGCUCCCUCGUCCCCCUGACCCCUCGAGGCUCUGGCUGGGGCUGGAAGCAUCACCCCCAGGGCGUGGAUGUGUGUCCAUCCUGCAGAGCUCUGCUUUGUCCCCUGCAGCAGGUGACCCAGGACCUGAGCCGGCAGCUGCUGCAGGAUGGGUACCACCUCGACGAGGUCCCCGAUGAUGAAGACCUGGAUCUCAUCCCCCCAAAACCUGCUGCCUCCUCUUCUUGCCCCUGUUGUUUUGGAGAAAAUCUCUCCUGUGUGAUCCAGUAGCUGCACAAGAACAGGUCAAAAUCCAGCACUUUCUUUGUCCCGUGGAUGGCUGGUGGGUGUCCAGGUCCCGUGCCAGGACGGUGACACAAGGACUGAACUGAACGAUGCUGCUCGUGGCAGAGACCAACUGACUCCAAAAGACUUCUCCUUACACUCAGCAAUACCAGGGGGCGGUGGCACAGUGACAUUUUGGUGACCUGCAUGGGACCUCGCACUUGGCUGGGGUGGGAAGAGAGGACAGGCAGGGCCUGGCACCUUCACAGGGGUAUUAAGGGAAGGAUUUGGGAGUUUCUGGGGUUGGAGCUAAUGGCUUAUUCCCAUUCUCCUCAACGCUGCUUUGAUGCAGGUGAGGCACAGCCCAGGCCCCCAUCCCAGCUCUGCACAGGGCUUGGAUUUGGGGGGCUGGAGAGCCUCCCUCCUGCAAACCAUAAACGCUGCCUUAAACCAUGGUCCUGCUCUAUGACAUAGAGGACAAUCAGCUUCUUAUACAGAAACCUUAUUUAAAUAUUUCAUGUCAAGAGACAUGAAUUGGUUGGGUGGGGGGCAUGUUUGUUUGUUUUUGUAUCUUACUUGUAAAAGGGAGCACUUAAUAAACUGGAUCUCAUUACUCAGAA